AUGCCGGACCUGGCCCCGCUGCUGUAGAUGAGACCUUCCCGGCGCGUUUGGAACUGCUUAUGUAAAAAUGCAUCUAGUUAAGAAUGAACACGAGAGAAGUGCUGUGGUAGACAAGGGCUUCAUGUCAUGCUGGCUUCCUGUUUAAAAAACAGUAGGCUAGCAAUUUUAAAGGGACAGCGACAAAGUGAUGACCAGGUGCCAAGUGCCAGCUGUCCUUAUUCACCAGAUUGAACAAGAAUUGGAUAAAGAAGAAGAAGAGAUUAUGGUUUUCCUAUGCCGAGACCUUGCUCCUGACUUGGCCACUGCUGACCUUAGAGAGCUCUUGGUGGCUUUGAAUGAGAGGGAGAAAUUGUCUUUUCUUGGCUUGUCUGAGCUGUUGUACAGGGUUAAGAGGUUUGACUUGCUAAGGAGGAUCUUGAAGACUGAGAAAGCAACAGUGGAAGCUAACCUUGCCAGGAGUCUCAGAAUUGUCCCUGAUUACAGGGUACUAAUGGUAGAGAUUAAUGAGAAUCUGGAAAAAGAAGAAGUGAGUUCUCUUGUUUUUCUACUCAGGGAUUACGCACCUCGUAUGAAAAUGGCAAAAGAUAAGAGUUUUCUAGCUCUUGUGAUUGACCUGGAGAAACUAAAUUUGGUGGCUCCUAAUCAACUGGAUUUGAUAGAAAGUUGUUUUCGAAAUAUUCACAGGAUAGACCUGAUUAGGAAGAUUCAGAAGUACAAAUACGAAGCUUUAAUGUGCUCCGUUCAUCCUCAGCCAGUAUAUGUAAAUGCACUUCAGGCAUCUCUCCCUAAUCUCAGUCUGAUUGAUCCUCCUUGUAAUUCAGGGGUCCACAAUGUGAACAAAGAAGAACCACGAAGUGGACAAAGUCUUAUUCUGGAACCAGUCCACGUGCCCAUUCAGGAAUCAGGACCAGUGUCACAUAAGGUAUUUGAUGAUCAGUACAGAAUGCAAAGUCGACCUUUAGGAAUAUGCCUGAUAAUAGACUGUAUUGGCAAUGACACAGAUAUGUUGGAAGAGACCUUCAGAGACUUAGGCUAUGACGUUCAUUGUCACAGAUAUUUAAACAUGAACACUAUGAAUCAAACAUUGCUUGAUGUUGCAAGGUUGCAGAAGCACAGAAAUUGUGACAGCUUCAUUUGCAUAUUGGUCAGCCGUGGAAGUCCUCAGAGUGUCUUCUGUACAGACCAUACCUUUUCUGGAUUCCCUUUGGAACAAAUAAAGAAAUACUUUACAGGAGACUCAUGUCCUGAACUCCUAGGAAAACCGAAGCUUUUUUUUAUUCAGAGCUACAUUGUGCCAGAAAAUGAGCAAGAAUGUACUAGUCUGUUGGAAGUAGAUGGGAAUGAUGAGAAAAUCACUGCUAACGCAAAAAUCCCUUGGAAAGUCACUAUCCCCCAAGUAGCAGACAUCUUUUGGAGUCAGUGCAAGGUGGAUGUGUCUACACUAGAAAAAUCUCCCAGUUCAUCCUCAUAUUAUCUGCGUUGUCUGGCUGAGCUACUGCGCAAUCCUCAUAAAAGGAAACUCUCUAUAUUAGAUAUCCAUACGGAACUGAACAGAAAAGUCUAUGAAUGGAAUAAGACCACUGACCCAAGCCAACAAUACUCACUUCUGCUCCAGCACACACUGAGGAAGAAACUUUUUCUUUCUCCCACUUAA